AAGUGAGAGGAUACAGCAGCGUUUGGAUACGAUCCUGUCAGUGGGAAAUGAUUUGUGUGUGUUUGUGUGUCAUUCUGGAGCCGAUGCAAGAGUUAAUGUCCCGACACAAGACCUACAACCUUAGCCCGAGAGACUGUCUAAAGACCUGUCUGUUCCAGAAGUGGCAAAGAAUGGUGGCCCCUCCAGCUGGACAUCCACAGAACUUCAAAACAGAAAUUUUCCCCUCAAAUCACAAAAAAGAGCCCACUCGACAGACCACGACCAAGAGAAGAAAGAGGAAGAACUCCGCCAGCAGUGCGUCUAACAGUAGCCUAGGCAACAGCGCUGGCGGCAAGAAACGUAGCCCUGCCAACAACUUCACUCUGGCCAGCCAGGAUGUGAUGGUGGUAGGUGAGCCCACUCUGAUGGGCGGGGAGUUUGGCGAUGAGGACGAGCGUCUGAUCACGCGGCUAGAAAACACACAAUACGACGCCACCAACGGUCUGGACGAUGACGACGACUUCACGAGCUCGCCGGCGCUCGGCAACAACAGUCCCUGGAACAGCAAGCCACCCACAGGGCAGGACAGCAAGCCCGAGAGUACGGCCUCGCAGCCCUCUCAGUAGGAGACAACAUGCGCAGUGCCCAGUUGAACCACCAGGGCGGCGCACUCCCUCUCUCUGACCUCACUUUUUACCCUUGAUGAUGUUAAUCCCAUGUCAUGGUGUUAAUGAUGUCAUCCAUUUUCACCAGAAACUGAUGGUUCCUCUCCGUAUUUUGGGUAACAUUUAGGAACUUCACUGACCAAACUUUGGCAGCAAUAUUUGCUCACUGGAUUUUUUAAAAAUCAUCUAGCUAGGCUACAAAGCAGCGUAAGUAAUGUGACUCUUGGAGGAACUGGACUUUAUUAAGGCUGAAUGAGGUCUGAAUUAACAGAGACCUGAAUUUGGGACAACUUUGGCCCAAUAAUCAUUGUAAAAACAAAAACUACCGUCUGUCUCGAAGUUCAUCACAUAUCUCCGUAGUGACUUCGGUUGCCAACCACAUUCAACGUCAACCAAUGCUGGAGAGAUGGUCAUGUUGGCUGUCCUCUAAUUGAAGACUGGAACUGCAGAGGCAUCCACCGAGACCAAUCCCUGAACAUUUGCAUUUUUAUUGGAAAUUUGUUUGGCUAUUGUCUUCUUCCCUCUGCUUUCAAUUAAAAGUGAACCGCCUUGCAUUUCUUCAACACAACAGACUGUAUUAACAAAGACCGCUUGUAUAGAAGAGUCAGUUACCAUUUACAAAUUGUACUUUAAUUCAAAUAUUCCUAUUUGAUUUCAGAGUCAAUGUGUUAUUUUAUUAAUUUGUGACUAUUAUGUGUUCUCCUCGUACAUUUGGAGUUUUUUGACAGGCAGGCACAUAAAGAUUAUUUGUCCAUCUUCCGUCUAUUGACUUAAUUUCUAAAUGGACCAUGUUACGUUUCUGCAUGACAUUUUGAAAUCUGUAACAUGUUCAUUGCAGUUUGAAAGCACAGUAUCCAGGGUUUUAACUUCGACAGUAAAAAUGCGUUCUGCUUCAUCUGAUGUUGUGAAACCUUGAUGUAAACGAGAGCUGUUUUGACAUUUACGAAUUAUUUGACUUUUUUAUAUAAUGGAUUUCAUACACAGGAAUGAACACCAUACUGAGAAAUGAGAAUGUUAAAUACAGAUCACUGUAAGUCCAGCCAUAAAUAUUCUGUUCAUUAGCUUUAAAUGAGUUUAAAUAACAUAUGGCAAGCUUUAUACAUAUCAUGCUUUUAAUAUGUAUGAAAACAGCCCUUUUAUCUGAAAAUCAUCAUUCCAGAAACUGCAAUGUCCUUUCAGCAAGUUAUGUGAUCACGUUUAUACAGCUUUAUGUAAUUUAUGUAGCUAGAUACAUGCACCUUUUCUCCAUAUACUGUACAUUGGAUUUGUAAGUCCCUUUAAAAGUUGCAUAGUGUGCUUUAAUGAUUAAAAGUAUGAUGAUGAUGAUGACAAAGAGCCAAAUAUUUCUUUUUUAAUUAGUGUCUUUGUUUCUAUAACGUUACUUUAUUAAAAAAAAAAAAAAAGUAUUUCCGGAAUAUUCUCAAAGCCUGAGAUAUGUUCAAAACAAGACACAAUAUCAGCCACCCACCGUUUUAUCCUUGUAUUAUUGAAACUCUGCACAAUUUGUAAAAUAUUUAGUGUUUUUUGUGUCAUAUCCAAAAAUUCUUCUGUGUAUGCUCUGCCAUUUUGUGUGCCAAUAAAUUGUGCUUACAAAA